AUGGUGGUUAAAAAAUGCAGUGAACUAGGGAGUCACCUUGAUGUUGGCAAGCUCUGCCAAAUUUGUCGAAAAUAUGAUACACUUUAUGACAGACUUAAAAGAGACUGGGUGAAGAAAUACCUUAUUGUUGACAAAGUGGAUAUUGACAGUGCACCCUAAGAAUCUGGUGAUGAACAACAGCACGAGCAUAAAGCAAGUAGUAAUAGCAGUGAUCUGCAGCUUAGUUGGGCACUGCAUAAGCCAAGAAGUGAAGCUGUACAUUUCACUUGUGAGGUUAAGCAGUACUGGACAGCAAAAUUUGAUCUGGGAGAGAGAACUGGCAUCAAGGCAGAUCCCAGAAAAGUGGCCACAUGUAUGAGAGUGGCAAGAAACCCAGAUAGCUCCUGGAUGUUUGAAAGGAAGGACUGGCCAACUAAGACUCAGGUGCAGGGAUUUUUUUGA